AAAAUUUAAAAGUUGAAAAUGUCAUAACAAAAACACGUUGAUUUGUUGUCCGUGUGUACCUAUGUGUGGAUUUAAAGUUAUUAAAGAAAGUCUUUGCGAUACUAAUGUUACUCGGCAACCAUGGGUAAAUCACGCUAUAACGCUAAGGCGCGUCAGGUCGUCAAGACUAAUAUCGAUAACUCACAAACUAACGAGAUCCAUGUUGAGUUUGCAUCUAAUGAAUAUGGUUCAACAGACGCAAGUAACCUCCUUGCUCUGCCCUCCAAGAAAAGGGAGAGUAAAGUCGUCAAAGAUAAAAAGGAAAAGACAAGAUUCCUGUCUAAAGCCCAAAGGAAAAGGCUUGAAAAGAUUGUUGAAAAGAAAAAGAAGAAGGAAAAUCGGGCAUCACUCCUUGAAUCUCUAGCACAAGUCCAAGCAACACCAGAAGAGGUCAGUCGCCUGACUGGCAUAUCCACAUACCAGACUAUAGGUCUCAGGAAAGUGAACGAACUGAACUCUGAAUUCCCAACGCAGGAGGUUUUGGUGAAUACGGAGCAAAAGAAGUUUAGUAGUAUUGCUGGUGCGAAAAAGCGUCUACGCCUUCUAAAACUUGAUAAAGAAGAGAAGAUAAAAAAGAAGAAAUAUGAUCCUAAUGUUGUUGGCCUAGAAGAAUCAUCAGAUGAAAGCUCUUCUGGAUCUGAUAAUGAUGAUGAUGAUGAUGAUGACCCCGAAAUAGUAAAUGGACAUGAUUCAAAAGAAGAAAGUACUGUAAACGGUCCUGAAAAGAAUGAAACAACAGAAAUAAUAGAAGUAAAAGAUGAAACUACUAAAACAGAGGAAAUACUUCCCGAAAAUAACAAGAAAAGUGAUAAAAAGACAAAAAAUGCUUCGAAAAAUGACGAAAAAGGUCCUGAAGUGAAGGUUGAAAAGAAACCAUUGCUGGAUCAUCCUACUGUUAACGUGCAAGUGAAAAGAGACCCAAAGAUUCAGGUAGCAAGAUUGAAAUUGCCAAUACUUGGUGAGGAACAGAGAAUCAUGGAGUUGAUUAACGAGAAUGAAUUUCUGAUUGUUGCUGGUGAAACAGGCAGCGGUAAAACAACCCAAAUCCCCCAAUUCCUGUACGAAGCAGGUUACGCCGAACACAAGAUGAUUGCCGUGACGGAACCGCGGCGAGUCGCCACUGUCGCUAUGGCGGCCCGAGUUGGGCAUGAGUUGGGUCUGACUAGCAAAGAGGUCUCGUAUUUGAUGCGGUUUGAAGGAAACGUUAGUAAAGAUACGAAGAUCAAGUUCAUGACUGAUGGUGUACUUCUAAAAGAAAUUCAAUCUGACUUCUUAUUAAGCAAAUAUUCAGUGGUCAUUAUCGACGAGGCUCACGAAAGGAGCGUCUAUACUGAUAUCUUGUUGGGUCUGUUAUCAAGGAUUGUCCCUUUAAGGAGAAAACGAGGGUCACCUUUAAGGCUCAUCAUCAUGUCUGCCACUUUAAGGGUUGAAGACUUUACGGAGAAUACUAGAUUGUUUAAAGAACCACCUCCUGUUAUUAAGAUAGACUCGAGACAGUUCACAGUGACCACGCACUUUAAUAAGAAUACUUACAGCGAUUAUUUGAAAGAGGCGUACAAGAAGGCUGUCAAAAUACACACGAGGCUGCCAGAAGGGGGGAUACUUAUAUUUGUGACUGGUCAACAGGAGGUAAACUAUCUGGUACGAAAGCUAAAGGCAUCGUUUCCUUACCGUAAAGACAUGGACUAUAGCAAGCUGAUCAAUAAGACGAAGCCGGUAUCUGCCGCUGAAGCUGAACUGGAUUCAGAGCCUGAGGAUAUUGAGUCUGACGAUGAUGAGGUUGAGAAAGAAAUGAAACGCGCCCGCAAAGCUCGCAGGAAAGCUAAGCUGAAGUCUAAAGCUUUGCCUAAGAUCAACCUGGAUGAUUAUGACAUGCCUGAAGACGACGGCCAGGCUGACCUGGUCGGUGAUGAUGAAGACAGCGAGGGACAUCUUAGUGAUUCAGACGCCGAAGAAGACACCCUAACUUCUGCCAUAAAAUCCUGCCGUCAACCUCUAUGGGUGUUGCCUCUGUACUCGAUGCUAAACUCUGCUAAACAAGCGCGAGUGUUUGCCCCCGCGCCAGUAGGGGCCCGGCUGUGUGUAGUCAGUACUGAUGUCGCAGAAACAUCACUUACUAUACCCGCUGUCAGAUAUGUUGUGGAUACCGGCAAGAAGAAAAUGCGUGUAUACGACCACGCGACGGGAGCUAGUGCAUGGCGUGUGGUAUGGACGUCCCGCGCGAGUGCGGAACAACGCGCAGGUCGCGCCGGCCGCGUGGGCGCGGGACACGCCUACAGGCUGUACAGUAGCGCCGUGUUCCAACACGACUGCCCCGACCAUCACCCGCCGGACCUCUGCAGGCGACCCGUCGAUGAUUUACUGCUCACUAUGAAGUGUAUGGGCAUUGAUAAGGUCGUAAACUUCCCAUUCCCAACGGCUCCGGAUCGAAUGCAGCUGCGCUUGGCUGAGAAGCGGCUGGAAACCCUCGGUAUACUGGAGAAACCACCCAUGAGGAAUACCAAGAAGGGGGAAGAAGAGGUAUUAAAAGUGACACCUUUGGGCAAGGCUGUGUCGGCCUUUCCUCUGCUGCCUCGUUACGGCAAGAUGCUUGCGCUGAGUCAUCAGCAGAACCUUCUAGCAUACACCAUCGCGCUCGUGUCGGCUUUGUCUGUUCCCGAGGUGAUGUCAGGCAAGCCAGACAGUUGGCCGGCAACUGGUCACGUCCAGUUGUUAGGCGACCCAGGAGUGUUGCUGCGAGCAGUAGGGGCCGCAGAGUUCGCCUACGUGAAGGGCGAAGAAGACAUCUUCUGUGCUAAAUAUGGACUUAGAGAGAAGGCAAUCAAAGAAAUCCGUAAACUCCGAAAGCAGUUGACAUCUGAGAUCAAUCUCAGCGUGGCUGGCGUAGAUGUUGCUGUAGACCCUGAGAUGAGGCCGCCCACUGAUGACCAAGCCCGGCUGCUGAGGCAGCUGGUGCUAAGUGGACUGGGAGACCAGGUCGGGAAGAAGAUCGCGUUAGAGGAGGUUAAGCAAGGAGAAGAUAAACGAAAAUUCAAAUACGCCUACCACUGUGGCGAGCUAGAAGAACCAGUACACCUUCACUCGGACUCCAUACUCCGGAAGACCAUACCAGAGUGGGUGGUGUUCCAGGAGUUGUACGAGACUGGGGCCGAGGAGAGACGGAAGAUGGUGAUGAGAAACGUGACGGCCAUAGAACCGGAAUGGCUGCCGUUGUUAGUGCCUCAGAUGUGUAAUUUAGGUGAUCCUUUAGACGAACCGCCACCGGCUUACGAUCAGAAGUCAGGUCGCGUCAAGUGUCACUUUAAGGGUACCUUCGGCAAAGCUGGCUGGGAGCUGCCGACUGUAGAAGUAGACUUUCCUGAGAAGAUUGAGAGAUACAGAUGGUUCGCCCGUUUUCUUCUAGAAGGUUCUGUGUUCCCCAAGCUGAGGAAAUACACCAGUUCCCUCCUAUCGCCACCUUCGACCAUGGUCAAGUCCUGGGCGCGACUUCAGCCCAGAACGGAGUUACUUCUAGAAGCUUUGAUUAGGAGACGAGCUGGUACGAGGGACGCUUUACAAAAUGCCUGGGAGGAAAAUAAAACUUACCUCCUUGAUGAAUAUCUAAAAUGGGUGCCCGAGUCAGCCCAUAACGAAGUCUCAUUGUAUUGGCCGCCGAUGUAAGAUGUUCGUCUAAUAUCUAUGUAAUUAAUGUAAAUAAAUAUGAUUUAAAAUUAA